AUGAUGUUUACAGAUGAGUUGCGAUUAUUUGAUCAGAAAAUAUUUUCAAUGUAUACCAAUGAAGAUGAUGAAUAUGUGCAUGCAAAUAGAGACGCAAAACUAUGUUCGGAUACCGAUAUUUUACAGACAAUGUUAGCCGAAGAAGACGAAUUAUGUUAUCAUGAUGUUUUGACAAGUGAACUUCCAUCAAUUACAUAUCAAACUAUGUCACAGAUCAAUGCGUUGUUGAAUUGCUCUGUGUCCGUAUGUUGGAUGUCAAAUGUGGUAAUGAAACGAUAUUGUCUGAUGAAAACGCUAGGUGAACCCGACAUAUCAUUGAUUUGUGCCUGUGUAACACUUUGUGGCAAAUAUCAAGAUUCAACGGAACCAAAAUAUGAACAUUUGGCCAUGCAUUGCCAGACCACAGUCGAACAAAUUCAUAUUUGUGAAAUUCACCUGUUAGAAACAUUAUCAUGGGAUCUCUGUGUUUAUACGCCGUCUGAUUAUCUAUCUGUUUUAUACAAUUCGUUGCUGGCAGAUGAAGAUGAAGUAUGGUGUACGAUGAAAAAUUUACUGAAUGUUGCCAAUAAUAUCCUUUUAUUCCUUUAUCAAACAGAAAUAUCACUGUUGUCGACAUAUCCCAAUAGCAUUUUAGCACUUUCACUACUAUUGAUAUUAUCUUUAUCAUCAAGAGAUAACGAAAAAGUCGUUGUUUUAAAACAAAUGCAAAUGUUUUUGAAACAUAAAAAGUCACCACAACAAUAUAAAGUAGGUUUGAAGCAGGUGACAUCAAAGGAUGAUGCAUGUGAUAUAUGA